AUGUUAGUGUUUUCAGCACAGCUGCACGAGGAGCCGGCUUUUAUUGGUGAUCAGAUUGUAGACACAGCUGAAGCGUACUCCCCGGCCUGCACAGGGCUCCUGCCAUACGGUCUGCUCGCGGGGGACCGGACAGGAGGCUGCACAUUUGAGGAGUCGUAUAGCAGCUGUGGAUACAGCGUUUCUCUGGGAACCAACGGCUUUACCUGGGAACAAGUCAACUCCUGGGAAAAACCCACCAUAGACCCUGCUCUGCCUACUGGUUCGUUCAUGGUGGUGAAUGCAUCAGGCCGGGCCUCGGGGCAGAAGGCCCACUUGUACAUGCCCACCCUGAAGGAGAACGACACCCACUGCAUCGACUUUCUUUACUCUCUAUCCAGCCGGGAUGGAGCCAGCCCAGGCACACUCAACGUCUAUAUCAAGGUGAAUGGAGGUGCUCAGGGUAAUCCAGUGUGGAAUGCCUCUGAUAUUGUCACUGAAGGUUGGGUGAAGGCUGAACUGGCCAUCUCUACAUUCUGGCCUAACUCCUAUCAGAAUGUGGAGGUAAAUGUGGGCCAGAAUGCUACUUUCCAGUGUACUGCUGGAGGGAAGUGGUCCCAGCACGAUAAACUCUGGCUACAGGGUGGUGAACCACAGACGUUUUUCUUGCAACGGUUAGCGUUGGUGACACAUCUCAGCGCAGCACAAGCCGCUACCGCUGUGUCAUCCGAUCGGAUGGUGGGCUCCGGGGUGUCCAACUACGCCGACCUCAUUGUUAAAGCUCCACCCACUCCCAUUGCACCUCCUGAGCUUCUUGCUGUAGGUGCUACCUAUCUUUGGAUCAAACCCAAUGCCAACAGCAUUAUUGGUGAUGGGCCAAUCAUCCUGAAGGAAGUGGAGUACCGGACCACUUCAGGGAACUGGGCAGAAACUCAUGUGGUUGACGCUCCAACCUAUAAAUUGUGGCAUCUGGACCCAGAUGUGGAAUAUGAGAUCAAGGUCCUGCUUUCCAGACCUGGAGAGGGAGGAACGGGACCACCAGGGCCGCCGCUGGUAACCAGGACCAAAUGCGCAGAUCCAGUUCAUGGUCCUCAAAAUGUCAAUGUGGUGGAUGUCAGAGCCCGCCAGCUGACUAUUCAAUGGGAGACUUUUGGUUACGCUGUGACACGCUGCCACAGCUACAAUCUGACGGUGCAGUACCAGUAUGUGUUCAACCAGCAGGAAUUCGCAGCUGAAGAGUUGAUCCAAACAUCAUCGCAUUACACUCUGAGGGGACUGAGGCCCUUUGUGACAGUUAGGCUGCGGCUUGUCCUGGCCAACCCCGAGGGCAGCAAGGAGAGCGAAGAGAUCGUCAAACAGACAGAGGAGGACGUGCCUGGAUCAGUGCCAAUGGAAUCUCUGCAGAAUACACCAUAUGAAGAAAAGAUCUUCAUGCAGUGGAAAGCUCCCAAUGAGACCAAUGGAAUCAUCACACUGUACGAGCAGUGGAAUGGUAAGGACACGGCACUGAUGGUGACCAGGGUGGUGAACCACAGACGUUUUUCUGCAACGGUUAGCGUUGGUGACACAUCUCAGCGCAGCACAAGCCGCUACCGCUGUGUCAUCCGAUCGAUGGUGGGCUCCGGGGUGUCCAACUACGCCGACCUCAUUGUUAAAGCUCCACCCACUCCCAUUGCACCUCCUGAGCUUCUUGCUGUAGGUGCUACCUAUCUUUGGAUCAAACCCAAUGCCAACAGCAUUAUUGGUGAUGGGCCAAUCAUCCUGAAGGAAGUGGAGUACCGGACCACUUCAGGGAACUGGGCAGAAACUCAUGUGGUUGACGCUCCAACCUAUAAAUUGUGGCAUCUGGACCCAGAUGUGGAAUAUGAGAUCAAGGUCCUGCUUUCCAGACCUGGAGAGGGAGGAACGGGACCACCAGGGCCGCCGCUGGUAACCAGGACCAAAUGCGCAGAUCCAGUUCAUGGUCCUCAAAAUGUCAAUGUGGUGGAUGUCAGAGCCCGCCAGCUGACUAUUCAAUGGGAGACUUUUGGUUACGCUGUGACACGCUGCCACAGCUACAAUCUGACGGUGCAGUACCAGUAUGUGUUCAACCAGCAGGAAUUCGCAGCUGAAGAGUUGAUCCAAACAUCAUCGCAUUACACUCUGAGGGGACUGAGGCCCUUUGUGACAGUUAGGCUGCGGCUUGUCCUGGCCAACCCCGAGGGCAGCAAGGAGAGCGAAGAGAUCGUCAAACAGACAGAGGAGGACGUGCCUGGAUCAGUGCCAAUGGAAUCUCUGCAGAAUACACCAUAUGAAGAAAAGAUCUUCAUGCAGUGGAAAGCUCCCAAUGAGACCAAUGGAAUCAUCACACUGUACGAGAUUACAUAUAAGGCACUGAGCUCCUUGGACCCCAGUGCUGAUCUGACAACCCAGAGGGGGCGGGUUUUCAAGCUGAGGAAUGAGACCCACCAUCUGUUUGUUGGGCUCUACCCGGGAACCACCUACUUCUUCACCCUUAAAGCCUCCACCAACAAAGGCUUUGGUCCGCCCGUCACUACCCGCAUAAGCACCAAGAUUGCAGCCCCGAUGAUGCCAGAGUACGAGUCAGAGUCUCCACUCAAUGAGACGGAGACCACCAUCACUAUUUUGCUGAAACCUGCCCAAUCCCGAGGAGCACCUAUCAGCUCCUACCAGCUUGUUGUCAAGGAGGAGCGCAAGUCCAAGACCCGCCGUGCCGCUUCUGAAGCCCCCGAGUGUUUUUCCGUCCCCGUCAGCUUCCGCAAUGCCUCCAUCUUGGACUCACCCUAUUACAUCGCCGCUGAAUUACCGCCAUCCAGCCUCACAGUGGUACAACCCUUCACUGUGGGGGACAACAAGAGCUACGGUGGCUUCUGGAAUCCUCCACUGUCACCUGCCAAGAGCUACAGCAUCUACUACCAGGCCAUGAGCAGAGCCAAUGGGGAAACCAAAAUCAACUGUGUGCGUUUGGCUAACAAAGGUGCCUCCACGCAGGACUCUGAUGCCAUGGAGCCAGAGAAACAGGUGGACAGCACAGUUAAAAUGGCUGGAGUGAUUGCUGGGAUUCUUAUGUUCAUCAUCAUCCUUCUUGGAGUUGUUCUCACCUUCAAACGCAGACAUGCUUAUUCCUACUCUUAUUACCUGAAGUUGGCGAAGAAGCAGAAGGAAACUGCCAGCAGCUCCACUCAGCAGAGGGAGAUGGGUCCAGUCACCACAGCUGAUAAGAGCACCACUAAAGUCAGCACCUUACACAAAGACGACCCCUUCUCCACCUCCAACCAGGACCUCAAUGGGUUCACUUCCCCUUCUCCCUGCUCCUUCUCUGUGCAAGGAAGCAAGAUGCUGCAGAGCAAAUCCCUGCUGAAUUCCUACUACUCAGUAUCCAAAGAGCCAGUUCCAGCCACGACUUCUUUAGAUAGUAGCCAGCCGUCCCUUGCUCAGCCCUCUUUGACCCUGCAGAGUUUUCCUUAUGGAGGAUGUGAGUCGGUGGAGAUCUCCUACCAGAGUGGUCAGUUCCAGGCAGGCCAGUUUCAACCAGCUAUUCGAGUAGCAGACCUCCUCCAACACAUCACCCAGAUGAAAUGUGGACAAGGCUACGGUUUUAAGGAGGAAUAUGAGGCCCUGGCAGAGGGACAGACGGCACCCUGGGAAACGGCCAAGAAGGAUGAGAACCGCAACAAGAAUCGCUAUGGCAACAUCAUCGCUUGUGAGUACUGCAAUGACAGGAAUGAAUACUCCUGCAGUACUUUUUGCUGAAUGUGGUUGUGUUAGUCAUUUAGUUGAGUCUGAACUGUAAUGUCGCCUCGUGAGGCGUUAGUCUGGUUUAUUUUAGUCUGGUUUGAUUUGGUAUUGCUUAUUUUAACUGAUUUUAGUACCUCUUGCUGUGCUUUUGUUUGGAGCGACUAAUUUUGUUUGAGCUUCAUGGCUCAGUGUUUUCUUCAUCUGGAUUUUCUGCGGUACAAAAACUUUGCUCCGUCCAGCCUGAAGCUUUGGCUUGGUUUGGUGUGCUCUGUGUCAUUUGUAACCACUGGCUUUCACUAAUUACCCAUU